CAACAUUUGAAAAAUAUUUGAUGGGAGGCCCUCGCGCAACAACGGUGGAUAUAAAUGAUUAAGGUUUGUUCCUUGCACGAUAGCCAAGUUUGUUAUUUUACAUCGACAGAAAUUAAAACCCCUGAAGUUAUCAGCUGUUCAGACAAACUUUAAGCCAUGGCACAGCGUGUGGCUGUGAGUGAUGUUGCUGGAGGCUCAAAGCGGACGUCCAGGGUGAGGGUAGCGGUUCGACUAAGGCCCUACAUGGAAAAGCAGGACGAGAAGGCUGAAGGGGCCUGUGUCAGGGGCCUGGGGCCACAGAGUCUGGAGAUAAUUAACUGGAGAAAUUCCACAGAGACCUUGCAAUACCAAUUUGAUGUGUUCUAUGGGGAGCAGACAACCCAGCAGGAGGUGUUUCUGACCUCGGUGAAGCCCAUCCUACCUCACAUCCUGAAUGGGCAGAACGCCAGUGUCUUCGCCUAUGGACCCACUGGAGCUGGUAAGACCCACACUAUGCUGGGCACUCAGGAGCAGCCAGGGGUUAUUCCACGAGCUGUGAGGGAGGUGUUCCAGCUUGUGAGAGCGCAGGAGAAAGCAGGAGAUGACUGGGACUACACAAUUGGCAUGUCCUACCUUGAGAUCUACAACGAGAAGGUGCUGGACCUGCUAUCGCCAAGCACACAGGACCUGCCUAUCCGUGAGGACAAGGACAGGAAUAUCUUCAUCCCCGGCUUGACCCACACGACACUCUCUUCCUUCUCGGAUUUCCACACUCACUUCAUCCCUGCCAGCCUAAAUCGCACGACUGCCUCCACCAAGCUCAAUCACCGGUCAAGCCGCAGUCACGCCAUCCUCCUCAUCAAGGUGGAGAAGUCCCAGCGUGUUCCCCCUCACCGACAGCAGACAGGGAAACUGUACCUGGUGGACUUGGCCGGCUCCGAGGACAACCGUCGCACCGGCAACCAGGGUCUGCGGCUGAAGGAGAGCGGAGCCAUUAACCUGUCCCUCUUCACCCUCAGCAAAGUGGUGGACUCUCUCAACUUGGGCGUUGGCCGUGUGCCUUAUAGGGACAGCAAACUGACCCGCCUGCUGCAGGACUCCCUGGGGGGCUCCGCCCACUCCAUCAUGAUCACCAACAUUGCCCCUGAGCAGAAGUACUACUUCGACACCUUCAGUGCCCUCAACUUCGCUGCCAAGUCCAAGCUCAUUGUCAACAAGCCGUUUGUGAGAGAGACUGUGUCCAGCAAUGAAUCUGGGAAGAGGGCCAGGCAGGAACCGGCUUCCGAAGCAGCGACUGAGCCACAGAAGAAGAGGUUUAAGGAGAGGCAGCACGAAGAACAAGAGGAAAACCCUGUGCCAUCACAGCCACCCAGCCCUACAGGCUCCUCUGUGUUGAGCAGGCUGCUAGCACUGGAGAAGCUGAUGAUGGGAUCCCCAGAGAGGGAGAGACUCAACCUGCUAAAGACUGUUGCCCAGUCCCGCAAAGAGAUCCAGAAACUGAAAGAGAAACAGAAGGAGCUGGAGAAAAAGGCGCAAGGUUUCAAAGCAAUUCCAGUGGAUCAAAAGGAGCAAGACCAAGACGGGCUGGUGCACCCUAAGAAGGGGGUGGAGCCCAUGAAGGACACAGGACUGUUCAGGACCAAUCUGCCUCCGCUGCACAGGAAGCAGUCCACUGCAGCCAAGCCCAAAAGACAGCAGGCAGUGGUGACUCCUCUACAGGUGUCCGAAGUUCAGCCGAUUCAGCAGUGUGCUGUGGUGUUUAAACCAUCCCUCUGUCCCAGCCUGAAGCAUAAGCAAAACGCUAAGGUUGUGGAUGGCAAAGAGAACAUGGGUAAAGAAUUUUCUGUCUCUGACACCGAUUGGGAAUCCCAUCUGGACACAUCUGUACUGGAAAAGUCUAGAGAGAAAAUCCUGCAAAUUCUCAACUCUGGCACCCUGAAGGACGUGAAAUCAUUGCAACUCAUUGGAGACAAGAAGGCCAAGCUUAUUAUGGGCUGGAGAGAGGUCCACGGCCAGUUUGCACAGGUGGAGGACUUGCAGAAGAUUGAAGGAAUCACAGCCAAACGCUUUUCCUCCUUUAUCAAGGCAAACAUUCUCAGUACAAUUGUGAAAUGAGUGUGUGAGUGCAUAUGAGUGAGUGUGUGUGUGUGUGUGUGUAGCUGUGCAGGCUGGCUUGUGUGUGAGAACAUUGAGCCUUUUGGUGUACCCAUGGAAUUCUGUUAACCAGUCCGCCCUGCAAUAGUUGACUGGGGCCCAUUGUUUGACUGUGACUGGUGUCUGCUGUGUUUUACUACAGUAUUUUACCAUUUAUCUUGCUUUUAACAUUUUAAAAUAAACCCUUUUUGUACAAA